UUGCCAUCUUCACCUGUACUUGCUGGCAAUCUCCUUACAAGAUAGCCAUUGACCUUUCAAAUUAUCCCCUAUCUCCCAGCUUCUCAUCUAGCAGUCACAUCCGGUCAGCAGCACCGUUGUUCCGCUGUCAUAUCGACUCAGACACAUAUUUUUGCCCCUCAUAUCUGGCUGGGUCCACGGGCCGAAACGGGUCGACUCCACCGUCAACCAGCCAUCAUUACCAUAGCUGAUGCUCGUUGCCUGUCUGUCGUGCACAUCACCCCCAACCAAACAUCCCUGAACGGGUAACAUUUGAGAAUCUCCGGUACAGUACACUCAUGAGUGCGAGUCUCGUGAAUCGCUAGAAUGUCUCUCAACCGUGUCUCCUACUUGGAGUCUUGGGAACAGAAUCCUGCUGCAUUCCGCCGUCAGCCUCAUCAGGAUGACUCCGAGGACGAGGAAAGCUACCAUGAUUUGCCGGAGCCCUCUCUAUCGUCUUCUUUUCAGUCCAAUAUUAGUCGUCAUUCUUUUAGACAUCGUCUGAAUUUCAACCCAUAUGCAGGACCAGCAUGGGGACAGGCCACUGUGGAUGAGGACACCAGUGAGCGAAACCCACCUCUCCAAGUCGCCUCACCCAAGAUCGGUACGCUCAACGAGGCUGAUAGGGAGGAUCCAGUGCCCGCGCCAUUGGCACCAAAGUUGCAGGAGUGGACUGGUGGCCGAGAGACUACGGGGGCGUUUGAGGUGAGCCGUGCCAAACGCAUUGCGCAAGUAUGCAUAGCAGUAGUUUACUGUCUGCUUGCUGCGGGGAUAGUCUUUGGUUUUGCAGCCAUCAAACCAGUCUUAAUCAGAGAGGGUGUCUACAGGGACCGGUGCUCGCAGGCGGAGCUUGACAAUAACUCCGACGUAUGCUACGGGCAAGAGCUUCGUUUGAAUCUAAUGUUCACCAUCGCUGCCGUCGCAACCAACGUCUUUGCUCUUCCAGUAGGAACGAUUCUCGACACAUACGGCCCACGCGUCUGCGGCAUUAUCGGCAGCAUCUCGCUCAUACUGGGCUCCUUGCUUUUUGGGCUCUCCCACAAGCUUCCGUUCGACGGAUAUAUGCCGGGAUAUCUCUUUCUUUCCCUCGGUGGACCAUUCGUGUUCAUUUCUUCAUUCCACCUGUCCAACACCUUCCCUACCCGCUCCGGCCUCAUUCUAUCUACUCUAACAGGCGCAUUUGAUGCCUCCAGCGCUCUCUUUCUUGUGUUUCGGCUCUUCAACGAGAGUACACACGGAUCGUUCAGCUCGACCAGAUUCUUCCUGCUCUAUCUGAUUGUCCCCGUUUUCAUUAUGACUGCAGAGCUUACCAUCAUGCCAACAGCCUCAUAUAAGACGGCCGGCGAGCUUGUCCAGGAAGCGCAAGCCCACAUCGCAGCCGAAGCCAGAGACCAUGUCGAUGAUGCCAUCCAGGAUCGCCAUGAAGGCGAACGCCAACGCAACGACCGUCGUGUUCACCGCCAGAAUGUUGUCAGCCAGAUUCAGGACCUCCUGGCCUCCCCUGAGCUCCAACCACACUCAUACUCCGACGACGUCCCCACUCUCGAACGUCCCAUCAACACCGCCACCAUCACUACCGAUUCAACCGUCAAUCCACAUUCUGACAAACCACACACUGCUGGCGGCGUCUGGGGAGCCCUCCAUGGGGCUUCAGCACUCACGCAAAUCCGCACCCCGUGGUUCGUUCUCAUCACCCUCUUCACCAUCCUCCAGAUGCUCCGCAUCAACUACUUCGUCGCCACGAUUCGCCAACAAUACACAUAUCUCCUCCACUCCCCGGACCUCGCCGCAACUCUGAACUCGACUUUUGACGUCCUCCUGCCACUGGGUGGUCUUCUUUCUGUCCCCUUUAUCGGCACGAUCCUCGACUCCACCCGCACCCCCUCGGUGCUCCUGACCCUGGUCACCGCCGCCACUAUCAUUGGCGUCUUAGGCUGCAUCCCCACCCUGGAAGCCGGCUACGGCAACAUCGCUCUCUUCGUCCUCUACCGCCCGUUCUACUACACGGCCGUCUCCGACUACGCCGCCAAGGUGUUCGGUUUCCAGACCUUCGGGAAGGUCUACGGGCUGAUCAUCUGCCUCGCCGGCCUAGGCAACUUCGCGCAAGCCGGUCUCGACGCCCUGACGUUCACCGUCUUCCAUCGCGACCCCACUCCCGUCAACGCCGUGCUGACCGGCACCACGUUCCUGGUUGGCGUGGCCUUGGUCGCGUUCGUCAGCUGGCAGGCCCGAAGAAUGGCGGCGGCUAGCCACGCGAAGAUCAUCGACGCCACGACCGCAACCUCGCCAGGACCAGCGAACAGGCCCGUCGAGGUCGUCGAGAGCGGACUCAGUGUCCCCGGCCUCCAUGACGGCGUGGACACAAGGGAUUGGGGCCAUCGGCACCACCGGCAAAGCGCCCGGGAGGGCGAACGCGAACCGUUGCUCCGGCAAGGGACCGAUACGUCUCCUUCCUACGGAGGCACGAGACCAUGA